GAUUGUUAACACGACGUAAAUAGAACAUUGUUUAAAAAAUCUUUUGUUUAAAAUAAUGUAAAUAUACAUUAUUAAAAGUAUAAUAACAAUCAAGAGAAUUGCAACAAAUCUUUGUCAUUUUGCUAAUAAUGAAAUAUAAUUGCAUCAAAUGAAUGUUAAACACAAAUAAUCAGCUGAUUCAGUUAACCUCAAAAUCAAGUGUCAACACGUGGUUUAAUUGUCAAUUAUUAAAAAAAUGUAUUUAUUAUAAAUACAGAUGUAUACAAUUAAAAUUGUAACAAUAUUCACGUCUGGAAAGAAAUUUUAAUACAAAAUGAAUAAAAAAGGUUAUAAUUGGAAAUCGAGAAAUGGAAAACAAGUGGAAAUUGAUAAUUCUGCAACAAAGAAGAUUCUAGUGGAUUUUAAAUACAAUGAAGAUAAAUUCGAUGCCAAUAAUGCUCUAGCUCUACCUAGUAAGAAAAGAAAAACAAAAAGUAUUAAAAAUAAAUCCCAAAUUGCAGAACCAUUUCUUUCUAAAAAGAAAAAGAAACAUUUAGAAAAAAUAGUUGAAAAGAAGAAGAAAAAACUUAACAGAGCAACGUUAGAAAGUAAUUUGGCACAAGUUUCAGUUUCUCAAGAUGAAUUAAAACAAUAUGUUUCGUUUACUGCUGUUCAAACGAAAGGUCUUAAAAGAUAUUUACGAGAAUCUGAAGCCUCAUUAGAAAAGAAUACACCACAAGAAGUUGAUGAGAAUAAUGAUAAAGUAAUAGUAAAUACAUUAAAAGGAGCAAAACGAAUACGUUUAGCACUUGCUCAAGAACCAAAGGAGAAGAAAAAUUCAACUGAUCCUAAUAUUCUCGAUUUAGAUGAAUCUAGUGAAAGUGAUGAUUCUGAUGACGAAAGUGACGAAUCAAUUGAAGUUAAAAAAUCUGAACAAGAAUCUUGUCCUAAAAUUGAAAAUGUAAUUUCUUCUGUUUCCAAUACAUCUGUAAAUGAAAAUAAAAAAGAAACUACAAAAGUGAUUACAAAAGGAAUUAAUGAAGAAUCUAAAAAAGAGAAUAAGAAGACUAAUAUUCCAAUAAUUGAAGUGGAAAGAAAACCUGCAGUGUUUGUGUCUGUGGAUCGCAAACCAGAAAUUCAGGAAGCUCGUCUAAAACUUCCAAUUUUAGCCGAAGAACAAGAAAUUGUAGAAGCAAUUAAUGAGAAUCCAGUUGUUAUUAUUACCGGAGAAACAGGAUCAGGAAAGACAACACAAGUACCACAAUUUCUUUAUGAAGCUGGUUACGCAAAAGAGAGAAUGAUUUGUAUAACUGAACCAAGAAGAGUAGCUGCUAUUUCUAUGAGUAAACGUGUUGCAGAGGAAAUGAAUCUUUCUGAAAAGGAAAUUUCUUAUCUUAUUCGAUUCGAAGGAAACACAACAGAUGAAACGAAAAUAAAAUUCGUGACUGAUGGAGUUUUAUUAAAAGAAAUACAAACCGAUUUUCUUUUGAAAAAAUAUUCAGUUAUUAUUUUAGAUGAAGCUCACGAACGAAGUGUUUAUACAGAUAUAUUAAUUGGUUUUCUAACACGAAUUGUUAAUUUAAGAUUGAAAAAAGGCGAUCCUUUGAAAAUGAUAAUCAUGUCAGCAACUUUACGUGUCGAUGAUUUUGUCAAUAAUUCCAAACUAUUUAAAAUAAAACCACCGGUAAUUAAUGUUGAAUCGAGACAAUUUCCUGUCACUGUGCAUUUUAACAGAAGAACAGAUGACGAUUAUGUGAAGGAAGCACUACGUAAAACUGUAAAAAUUCAUUCACAAUUACCUGCUGGAGGAAUUUUAAUUUUCUUAACUGGUCAGCGAGAAGUAAAUCAUGUAGUUCAGAAAUUACGUAAAGCUUUUCCUUAUAAAGAAAAGAAGGGAAAAAUGAAGAAAAGGAAAGAAACAAAAAUUGAAGAAAGUGAAAAUGAAGCAAAUUCAGAUGAAGAAUUUUUCUCAGUAAAAUCUCGUAAAACGUUAAAGAAAAAAUUGAGUGGCAAAGAAUUACCCCGAGUUGAUCUAAAUGAAUAUUCAGCAUUUCCAACUAAUGAAAAUGAUACAGAUGAUGAUGAUAUUAUUGAUGAUGAUGAUUAUGAUGAUGAUGAUGGGAUCGAUUUAAGAGGUAUUUCAAAUUUACAACCUCUAUGGGUUUUGCCUCUUUAUUCACUCCUCUCUAGUCAAAAACAAGCAAAGGUUUUCGAACCUCCACCUGAAGGAUGUCGUUUAUGUAUCGUUUCGACAAAUGUUUCUGAAACUUCUUUGACUAUUCCAAAUAUAAAAUAUGUUGUCGACAGUGGUAGAUGUAAAACGAGACUUUAUGAUAAAAUAACUGGCGUUAGUUCUUAUAAAGUAACAUACACGAGUAAAGCUGGUGCAAAUCAACGUGCAGGAAGAGCUGGACGGGUUGGUCCAGGACAUUGUUACAGAUUAUAUUCUUCAGCAGUAUUUAACAAUGACUUUGAAGAAUUUAGUGAACCGGAAAUUUGUCGUAAACCACCAGACGAUCUAAUUUUACAAUUAAAAUCAAUGCAUAUUGAUAAAGUCAUUAAUUUUCCAUUUCCAACGAAUCCAGGGUUGGAACAAUUAAAAGCCGCUGAAAGACGUCUUUGUUUUCUAGGAGCUCUGCAACGAAAUUCCUUUAUUGAAAAUGAAACUUAUUCGGCAAAAAUUACAACUCUUGGAAGAAAAAUAGCAACGUUUCCAGUAGCACCACGUUAUGGAAAAAUGUUAGUUCUCUCAAAUGAAAAUAAUCUCUACAAUUACACAAUUUGUAUAGUUGCUGCACUUUCAGUUCAAGAAUUGUUAAUAGAUUCAUUUGAUAAAAAUAGUAAACUAGCACAAAUACGUCGUUUUUGGGCUGGAACAGGUGAUAGUCUAUUAUUAGGAGAUAUAAUGGUUCUAUUAAGAUCCGUUGGCGGUGCAGAACAUGCAUCAUCCAAGGGGAAAUUAUCAAAAUUUUGUGAAGAAUUUGGUAUACGUGAAAAAGCAGCAAUUGAAGUUAGAAAAUUACGACAACAGCUUACUAAUGAAAUUCUUUUAAAUGAACCAAAUUUGGAGCUUACUUUAGAUCCUGAAUUACAACCACCGAGUGAAACACAAAUUAAAUUACUUCGACAAUUAAUUCUCUCAGGAAUGGUAGAUCACGUGGCGAGAAAAUUAACAUCCGAAGAAAUAAAUCAAGGAGAAGAUAAAAAUCAAUUAAAAUAUGCCUACAGAACUAUAGAAAUGGAGGAUCCAGUUUUUAUGCACUCAACGUCUGUUCUGCGAAGAGAAUCUCCGGAAUGGGUGAUCUAUCAGGAAAUUUAUGAAACUAAUAAAAUUUAUAUGAGAGGAGUAACUGCUAUUGAACCUGAAUGGUUACCAAUUUAUGCACCAAGUUUGUGUAAUAUGAGUGAACCUUUAGUUGAUCCUUCUCCAUGGUAUGACGAAGAAACAGGAGAAAUUAUGUGCUACAUGAAUGGAACAUUUGGUCGUGGUGGCUGGGAAUUACCAAGGGUAAAAAUGGCAUAUCCAAAAAAUUUAGAUGGUAUUAAAUGGUUUGCGAGAUUUCUUUUAGAAGGACAAAUAUUCCCAAAAUUAAAACCAUUUGUCAAAUCGCUAUUAACAACACCAAGUAGUAUUAAUGCUACAUGGGCGAAAUUAUUACCUCGUAUUGAAUUGAUGACUAAACAGCUUCUCUCAAAAGGAAUAAUGUCUAGGGAUAAACUUAAAGAAGAAUGGCUGACAAAUGAAAAAUUUUUACUGGACUCUUAUCAGAUGUGGUUGCCUAAAUCUGGUUCCGCUCUUAUCACUAAAGUCUGGCCACCUUUAUAAUGUAAAUAUUAUUUAUGUAUAUUUGUAAUUUUACUAAUUUUACAUAUAUAUAAACAAUUUCUUUUUUAAAAUUGUCA